AUCCUGCACGACAAUCAGACCGUCACGUGACUUCACAGUUCGGACGCCCGUCGCCAAGGACGCUAAAGCGGCGAGGCUCAGCUUGAACCACGAUGUAAACUGGCGGCUGACGAGUCCCACAGAGACAUGGCUACGGUAAAGGCUGCCACCCCACAGGAACCCGAGAGACAGACUCAGGGGGAGGGGGGCAAAGGUGACGUGAAGCGCAGGGUGAGGAUCCGCCAUGUUUCGGACUCCCAAGUAUAUAUCCGAGGGCACCGACACCCAUGGGAGGUAAACGGGCAAUCAGACCAGAACCGGAAGACCCUGAGUGAACACUAUGAAGGUCCGGUUUCCGGCCGGGAAAGCUGGUGGAGGUGCUACAUCCGGGAGACGCCGAAACCAGGGAGCUAUCAGUCCUCAUCCUUCGUAGACGACCUAAAGCAGCGCCCGAACACAUACAGGUUCAAGUCUGAUGGCCGGAAGGUCGACCCGCACCCUCAUGGGAAGGGUGCGACCCUCUUACCUGGGGCGUACGAGUUCCCCGAUUUUAUCCAUGGGGCAGAAAAAAAGCCAGCUACUUACAACUUCAAGGCUGCGGGACGGGAUGCUUUUGAUGUCCUCAACUUUGGUUUAAAAGACAAAGAUGUGAACGUCUCCCCCACGGCAUACGGCACCGAGCAAUACAUGACCAUCUCUGCCGAAAAAGCACCCUCCAGGCAUUUCAUGUUCAAGUCUCAGUCCAGGCGGUUUCCCACCACCUACUUCCGACCUAGAGAGGGACCAGGGCCGGGCAUGUACGAGGCGAUGUCCAAGAACCCCCUCCCCAGCGUCUCCUCCAGUUUCAGAUCAAGGACCCCCAGGUUCUCCUCUUCCCACACGAAAAUCCCCGGUCCUGGAACAUACGACAAGACCUUCCAGCACCCGAUGAAACCCACCAUCAGUAAAAUGGGCCGGCAGUACGGACUGUUCUUUACCAGCGCUUUCCAGGCGUGAUUGUGUCCAAACAGUACUCCAUACAUCAAUUGUCGUUCUCUUUACAGAAUCCCAUGCAUCGUUUAUCAUUUAUUGAAACAGGUUUCCAUACAUUGUUUAUAUGUGUACAAACAGGAUUCCAUACAUUGUUUAUAUGUGUACAAACAGGAUUCCAUACAUUGUUGUUAUGUGUCCAAACAGUAUUCCAUACAUUUUUUAUUGUUAAUCUGUUCAAAGUUAAUCACUUGCUUACCAUUGUUGCCCUCGUGUGCAUUAGGCCAGUUCGAAACAUCAAACUUUCCUGAGUGCAUGACUCCCGGACUUACACAUGUUUUGGCCCCAAUGGCAUUCCAUUUGUUCUCUUCAGACUUGUAUUAUCAUUGUCCACGUUUGUUCGUUCAGUUAUUUCAUAUUCGUGAAUACGGUUUGUCUUUAUCUUUCCUUUGUUUUCGAGCCUCAGUUUCAGCAAAGAAGGGAUAUAAGAGUAUUGUAUUCCUAAAUUUUAUAUAUCCAUGAACGAAACACCUUGUGAAUUCGAAGUCCAUUGACUAAUCGUUUAAGACGAUGUAGGGUAAAGUCCCGGCAUCAUUGUUAUAUAAACAUGUGUGUGUUAUAUUGGAACUCCGUUUGUCUCGAAGUACGGAUAAUUAGAUUUAUUCAUACAGUUUUUAUGGACAAUCUGAUCUCAUACAGAAAAAGUUAAAUGGUAACACAAUCACUGCAUUCGAUAGCAUAACAGAGGUAUAUGCACGCACACGCACAAGCACAUACAAACGCACACGCACACGCACAUACAAACGCACACGCACACGCACACGCACACGCACAUACACGCUCGGGUACAAGUGGGUGAUUCUGCGCCACUCAUUCACUUAUAAGAAAGCACGUGGAGAUUUGCAUGUGCUGGAAGUGAACCCGUUAUAAGGGAUGCAUAUUGUAUACAAAGUGUGAACAUACCUAAUCAUAUAUACCCGUCAGUAUUACUCGGUUUCUAGUCUUUCACAUGUGUUUGAGGUGCCCGAUGUUUGCAGUAUUCUAGUAUAGCCUUGUACCGCCAGUGUGGGUCGAGUAGAAAUAUACUGUGUUUAUCAUACAGUCGGACCACGUUACUUCGACAUCCGUUAUCCCGAAUGUACCGAUAUCUCGAACCUUUACUCCGGCACCGCCUCACUAUAUCAAUACGUUUGUGCAGUGUGAAAUUUAUAUCUUUUCCUCAAAGUUGGCAUUUGCCACAAUAACAGGUCUGAGAAGAGCAAAGGAGAAUUUCACAUAGCUAAGAAUAGGUCUUUAGCAACCCAUGAUUGCCCCAAAGGCGACUAUGCUUGUCGUGAGAGGCGACUAACGGGAUCGGGUGGUCAGCCACGCUGACUUGGUUCAUAAUGCAUGUCAUCGUAUCCCAAUUGCAUGGAUCGAUGCUUAUGAUGUCUAUCACAGGAUUGUCUGGUUCAGACUCGAUUUUUUAAAGACCGAUGUCAUAUAGCUUGAAUGUUGCUGAGUGCGGUAACCCAUACCAUAUCCAAAUCCUAGUGUGGCUGCAGAUGUCGGUUAAAAGUGAGAGAGAGGUUAAUGUUAGCUGUGGGGGAAUAUGCAUGUAUGAGCAUGUACACACUACGGAAGCCUUUUAGGGUCAUUUGGUUUUUUUAUAUUUUAUUCUUGAAAUUUCAAUAUACUAAGGACAAUUCAUUUCAAGAUAUUUCAAGAGAUAAUCUUAAAAUCUCAACUUAUUAUCUUGCAAUUUCAACUUAGUAUGUAUCAUAACAUCUUGAUAUUUCAAGAAAAAAUAUAUUAAAAAACAAAUAGCCCUAAAAGGCUCCCGUAAUACACAAUUAUAACAUUACGUUUGAAAUCUUAAAGUUAAAAACACUAUACAUUACUAAGACGCAGGCGAUAUAUGUCCUUGGUUAUUCAUUAGGUUGAAUAAGAUGUAUAUAUUUUAGUGAAUGUUUUUGGUUUGUUGAUAUUUUUAUUUAUUUGAAUAUUUGUUAUUUGUUAUUUAUUUUUAUAAUUAUAUUUUAUUUUGGGAGGGGGAGGAGUUGGGGUUUGUAAACUUAUUGGCACAUUCUGAUUAAACCCAGCCCAAUCCUGUCGCAACCGUUACUAGUCAUGAAAACUGACGAUCCUAUUUCUGCUCCCGGAUUGUUUUUAAGAUAGAUCACAGUAACAGAUGUGGCUUGUAUGAUUUAUGAGAUGUCGAUACAUGCAUCAAUCCUCGUAAAUAUUUUCUGAUAGUGCAGGUGCUGCUGUUUGGAUUUUUCAAUAAUCAGUUAAGGGUAGCCCAAGUUGAAGAAUAGCCUUCCCAAUCAAUUUAAGAGCGAAAGAAAUAAGAUGGGUUUGGGAAAAGAGCAUAUUCCCGAUGCAAGGGAGUUAUCUGACUAUGAAAGCCUAGUUUCCACACUUGCCGAACUAGGCUGGAACUCCGGAGUUACAUUUUUGGCUGGACUAACGAGUUUAUGCAGAGUUUAUGCAGAGUUCAACGUGCAGAUUUCGGUUGACUGCAGGAUUUGCAAAGCAUGAGUACCGCAAACUGGGCUUUGAUUUUGUGCAAAUCUUUUCAUGUUUUUAAUCAGGUGCUCAAGUGAUUUGAUGCACUUCGAAGGGUAAGGCCCGGUUGUUGUUUUUUUCAAUAUAGAUCUUUAUUACCGAUCAGAGCGUAUUGAGUAGGCGCCGCCAUAUUGUUAGAAGGUUUUGUAAGUGAAGCUCGCGUUCACCGCCAUGUUGCAACGUCUAGGAUAUUAAUUUUGAUUGUCGCUUUAAAACUUUAUUGCAGGGACGGUGCAGCUAACUAUUUCGUGAUGUUAUACAAAGCAGUCUAUCCACGAACGUGAUAUGUGUAUGUGUGUUUGUUCUCUCGCCUUUGUACAUUUAAGAGGUCAAUGUGGUCUCUGGUUUUGUGUGGCAUUAAAAUAUUUCAUACACCACGGAUUAUGCAUUGAAAACUACAUUAAGUCAAUAAAUGUAUUUUGACAGAU